UUAUAUAGUGAAUGCAGGGUCCGGGUUUUAUAUAGUGAAUGCAGGGGCCCGGGUUUAUAUAGUGAAUGCAGGGUCCCGGGUUUAUAUAGUGAAUGCAGGGGCCGGGUUUAUAUAGUGAAUGCAGGGUCCGGGGUUUAUAUAGUGAAUGCAGGGUCCCGGGUUUAUAUAGUGAAUGCAGGGUCCCGGGUUUAUAUAGUGAAUGCAGGGUCCCGGGUUUAUAUAGUGAAUGCAGGGUCCUGGGCUUUAUAUAGUGAAUGCAGGGUCCUGGGGGGCCCGGGUUUAUAUAGUGAAUGCAGGGUCCCGGGCUUAUAUAGUGAAUGCAGGGUCCGGGGGCCGGGUUUAUAUAGUGAAUGCAGGGUCCCGGGGGCCCGGUUUAUAUAGUGAAUGCAGGGUCCCGGGUUUAUUUAGUGAAUGCAGGGUCCCGGGUUUUAUAGAGUGAAUGCAGGGUCCCGGGUUUAUAGAGUGAAUGCAGGGUCCGGGUUUAUAUAGUGAAUGCAGGGUCCCGGGGGCCCGGGUUUAUAUAGUGAAUGCAGGGUCCCGGGGGGCCGGGUUUAUAUAGUGAAUGCAGGGUCCCGG